ACCCAAAAGUGCCCCAGGUCUAAAACGUGAACCAACUGCCAACGCCACCCUUCCGACAUUAACGUUACGGUAUCUAACGGAAGGAUGAACGCCCAACGCAGCGCUGGGGCCGGGGCCACGGAACCUGAUUCAACACUAAACUCGGGAGGCAUUGACGGGCUCAUCGAGGAGCACAUUCUUGCUAAACUGGAUUCCGAUUUCCUCGCUUAUUUUACCGACAGCCAGCCCCAGGCGGCGAGCCAACCCCGAAAGGCUACUCCCGUCUUCCCCCCCAUCGAGCAUGUGCGCGCACAUCCAGAGGCGUAUCAAUCACCGUGCGCUCUUGACACAUCGGGAUACCCAAGGGUUACCGACGCCAAGUAUCCAUCACAGGACGAUAUCAGCAUCCCCGUACGGGUGUACAGUCCAGAUGAGGCCAAACAUGGCUCCGGCCCGUACCCUGUGCAUUUAAACUUCCAUGGGGGCGGCUUCGUUCUCGGCAACUUAAGCACGGAGGCUUCGCUUUGUCUCAGUAUGCGGGAGGCGGGAGUCUCGGUGGUCGAUGUCGAUUAUCGGCUCUGUCCAGAAAACACGUGGGGCAAAUGCAUUCUUGACGCUUGGAGUGCCUUAAAAUGGGUUCGAGAGUCGGCCACCACACUCAACAUCAACCCUGAUUCCAUCUCGAUCGGCGGAAUCUCAGCUGGAGCGCAUAUUUGCCUGAUACUGCAGCACAUGGCCCGCGAUGCCGGCAUGCCCUUGAAACUUUGCAUGGCGUCCGUAACGCCGGCAACGAAGGGGCUGACCUACACGUACUAUACCGACUCACCCUUCCCGUCUUUUCACGAGUUUUACCGAGGACCAGUGCUCCCUUGGGCACGCAUCAAGUACUUUGGCCGCUUGUGUAUGCCGCCAGAGAAGCUCCCCGAAUUGCGAAGUCUGUGGCCCAGCUGGUGGCUUGAGCCCCUCGAGGCACCAGACUGGAACAACCUCUGCGAUACGUUCAUCCGGACAGCCGAAGUUGACCCACUCCGGGAUGAAGGGGAGGCAUAUGCCAUGAAGCUCGUCGCUGGUGGGAAUAAGGCCAUUAUCAAGCGAUACUUGGGGUGCCCGCACACUUUCAUGUACAUCAACUCUAUGAAGCGGAAGCACGAGUACGACCAGGACGCGAUUAUCGCCUUGCGAGCUGCACAUAAUCUAAACUAA